CAAUCAGCGGAAUCGGCAUCGACAUCGGCAUCGACAUCGGCAUCGUCAUCGGCAAUCGGAAUUCAAAGUGAACGAAAAACGACGGACGACGCUUUUAUGUUGGCGACUGAUCGAAAGAACCCGCGCGCAGUGAAAUUCGUGGGAACAUUGCACAGGUGUUCGUUAAGAUAGUGGAAGAAGAACCAUAAUAAGAAGAAGCGACAGCAGCUAAAUGCAAUUCACAAUUUACAAUUAACUAGAACGCCAAGUGAUACAAAACAUAAAUAGAGUGCGAAAUAAGCAUAUGGCCGAAGCUUUAAGCACAGCAGCCAGUAGCAUGGAGCUGGCGCUCAAGGAUCCAAACGUGGGCGUGGGCGGUUUGAUCGUGGACAUGACACCGACAACAGCGGCGCUGUUGCAUCACAAUGCGCUGGCGUUGCGCAGCCUGAAAGAGGUGGCGAGCUCUGCAUCUGCGUCCGCAUCGGAAUCCGAGCAGCCGGAGCCGGCGGAGCCAACGAACCUGAGCACAGCUGGCGGUGGACCGCAUUCGCCGAUGACAUUCCGUUGCGAGCGUUGCGACAACUUUGAGACUAGUUCGCGCGCGACGCUAUUGUUGCAUGUGGUGCAAUGUCUAGCGGGGCAGGCGGCAGCAGCGGCCGCUGCGGUGGCAGCUGCGGGGCGACUGAAGAGCGAGGAGCACGACGAACCCGAGAACAUGAGCGUGAGUCACAUGGACACAACCAGCAACAAUAACGGCAGCAGCAACAACAACAAAGGCUCCAACGAAGGCGGCUCCAGUUCGUCGGCCAGCUCGUCGCCUGCGGGCAAUGGCAGCGCCUCAAGCGCAAGUGGCAGCGCCACAAGCGCAAAUGGCAGCGCCUCGCGCAAAGUGUUCGAGUGCGAUGUGUGCAAUAUGAAGUUCUCGAACGGCGCCAACAUGCGACGACACAAAAUGCGCCACACGGGCGUCAAACCCUACGAGUGCCGCGUCUGCCAGAAGCGCUUUUUUCGUAAGGACCAUCUAGCCGAGCACUUUACGACGCACACGAAAACGCUGCCCUAUCAUUGCCCCAUCUGCAAUCGCGGCUUCCAGCGUCAGAUUGCGAUGCGUGCGCACUUCCAGAACGAGCACGUCGGCCAGCACGAUCUGGUGAAGACUUGUCCGCUGUGCAGCUAUCGUGCCGGUUCGAUGAAAUCGCUGCGCAUUCACUUCUUCAAUCGUCAUGGCAUCGAUCUCGAUAAUCCCGGUCCGGGUGGCACUUCCUCGCUGCUGCUCGCCCUCGAGUCGCAGGCUUCUGCCGCUGCAGCGGCAGCUGCCGCCAGCUAUGUGUCACAGCCUCUGUCACAGCAGCAGCAACAGCAACAGCAACAACAACAGACGCCACAGCAGGUUGUGCAACAAGCGCCGCCGCCGCCGCCAGCGAGUCAUCAGAGCGACAGCGGUGAAUCGAUGCGUUCGCUGGAGAAUGCGACGCCGCCGAUGCACUUCCUCACGCCGCACGUCGAGAUCUCUACGCUCAAUGAGAACGGCAACACGGAGCUAUUCAAUCUGAUUUGCGUCUUGCGUGAAUCUGCUUUACAGGGCAACAACAACAACAAUAACAAUAGCCACACGAGCAACAACAACAACAACAUCGAGCUGGACUCGAAGGACAAGGAACAUGCGUUGCUGCUGCAGACACCCGUUGUGCUGGGCGCUCCACAGGAACUGCCCAUGGAUUGCAACACGAAGGCGACGCCAAUCUCGUCCAGUACUGCGAGCACAGCGAGCAGCCUGAAGAGUCAUCAUCUACAUCCGCAUUCGCACCAUCAUCACCAUCACCAUGAGAAUCACAUUACGCCCUCCAUCAGUCUGAUACCCAUCAAGCAGGAGCCACUGCUGGAUGAGGCGGACAAGAAGGAGUCGCUCAAUGGCAAUGACAGUGACUCGGAGCAUGCCUCCAACAAUAACAAUAACAACAGCAUCAGCAACAACAACAACAGAAUCACCUCACUGAUCAAGGUUUCGCCACUGAAAUCGCUGCUGCGCGAGGACUUAAAGCGUCGAAUCUGCGCCAAGGCGAACAAUCGGAUUACCCGCAAUGCGACACCGUUGGAGCACGAGAUGCAGCAGAACAUGAUGAACGGCAGCAACGCAGGCGGCACUGGGACAUCACCGGUCGGUGGCAAUGGAGCAAGCAAUGCCAGCACCUCGCCCAAUGGAGCCAAUCAUAACAAUGGCAGCGCGUCGGCGACGCCCAUUUGCAACGGGACGAUCACGUCGACGGGCCAGGAGACGGAGAUGCUGUUGAAUCGCAAACAGAUCUUGACGUGCCACUUUUGUGGCAUCGAGUUCCCCGACGAGACGCUCUACUUUUUGCACAAGGGUUGCCACUGCGAGAGCAAUCCGUGGAAGUGCAACAUCUGCGGUGAGCAGCUCAACAAUGUCUACGAGUUCAACUCGCAUCUGCUGAGCAAGAGUCAUCAAUAGCAGCCACAGUUCGCUGGCAAGUGAGCGGAGCAAGCAAACAUUGCCGGCAGCCAGCAAAAGUUGAAAGAGCGAGACAGCAGAUACAGCUCAAUCCAAGAGGAACAAAUAGAGUUUUGGGCGGAGAAGCGACCCAACUUUAAUGAAUUAGUGAUUAAAGCAAAAGUUUUUAAUUUCGAGCAAAAAGAAAACAAUGAGAGCUACGUAGUUACCUAAUCCCCCCACAAAGCGAUAAAGAGAUAGUUUCAUGUGAGAGUGAGGAGUGUCUAGAGAUCUAUAAAGAGAGUGGAGAGUGAAAGAGAGAGAGAGAGAGAGAGAGAGAGAGAGAGAGAGAAGAUAUGUUGGUUCCCCCUAAAAUCCUGUUAUGUAGUGUUAAUUAUUGCAAUUUUAGUCUGUAGUCUUGUGUAAGGCAAUAAAUCUAUAUAGACAUAUAUUUCCAGCCAGUCGAACUGGCAUACGUAGCGUCACGUAGCGCCAAAACGUAACAUCACGUAAACGAAAUGGUCAACUUACGUACUUAGCGAAGCUUCACGUAACGUUAACGUUGCGACAGCUAAGCGAAGCAUCACGUAAUGACAUUUAAUGUCAGUUCAAGGAAACGUAGCGUAACAUUACGUAAGCGUAGCGUAACGUCACGUUACGACAGAGAAGAGCAGCGUCACGUCACGUAAGCCAAGCUUCAGUUUGUAGAUGACGCCUCAAAGGCGUCUUUGAAAAGGGUUUUUAAACUAGGCAUUUUUCACAUAUUUACCAGAGACACUCACACAUACACACACACACACACUAUGUGUGUGAAAAGGGCUUUGAAUUUGUUAUGUUUUUCAGAGUUUAUCUAGCGCAAAAUGAGAGCAAAGUUUAAUUAUAAUCACACUUAUAUAACGAUAUAUACAGAUACAAGAAUUAUAUAUACUAUAUAAAUGAAUAUAUACAAAUGAAAGCAAUACAGUUAUAGCCGCCACACAGUUUUAGCCAACCCCAAAACACACACAUACAGACAGAUAUAUAUACAAUAUAUAUGUAGAUACAGAUAUAUAUAUAUUAUUAUACUCGUACCUUUUACUUAGCUCUUAGUUAAACUAACUUAUAAAAAAAACUUAACAAUAACGAUUAAGUGACGUUGAUCUGGGAAACUGCGCUUUACAAAAGCCAAAAACAAAAGCAAAAACAAAUGAAAACAACAACAGUUUUUUCCAAUAAUAAUAAAUUAGAGAAAUUCGCACAGUGCUGCUCAAAAGUUUGCAUACAACAAACGGUCAAAGCAAAGCAAAAUGAUAACAAAAAGAAAAAAAAACUAAAAUAUGAAAACAAUGCAAAUGUGAUACAAAAUUGUUGUAAAUAAUUGGUAAACAAAAAAAAAAGAAGUGAAUAGUAAAAGUAAUUUGUUGAAAUAAAAGAUUAAAGAUAAAAACUAUGCCUUAGAUGCCUAUAUACGAUACGAGAGCACGUUUUGCGUAUACACUGUACAAAAAAAAAAGAAGUGAAAAGAAAGGAAAAGCAAAAAUGAUAUACUGUUGAUAUGAUAGUUAAC